GAGGUGGAUCGCGAAGAGGACGACCAGAAGGACAAAGACGUUCGUCAAAAGCUCCGAGAGGCGCUCUUCACCUCGGAGCAGCAGAAAGCCCUCCACGAAUAUAUCGUCCUCUUCCGGCGCGUCGUGCAGCAGACGGAGAAGGGCCGACGCCCGCGGUUCUCGGUCCUCGCCGUCGUGGGCAACGGCAACGGCCUCGUCGGGUACGGCGAGGGCAAGCACGAGGAGGGCGAGGAGGCGAAGGUUAUGGCGUUUAAGGAGGCCUACCGCAACAUGGACUACGUGCCCCGAUUUGAGAAGCGCACGCUGUUCACCCCCUUGCGCACUAAGCUCGGCUCGACCGAGAUCAUCCUCCGGCCGCGACCCGUCGGAUUCGGCCUCGCAGUCAACCCUAACAUCCACAAGAUCCUCACCGCGGCGGGUAUCAAGGACUGCGGCGGGAAGGUGUGGGGCAGCCGGACGCCGCUCAACGUGAUCAAGGGCACGUUCAGAAUGCUCCUGUCCGGCAACGCGCCGUUGUCGAUGGGCAACGGUAUUGGCGGACCAGGGCGCAAGCUCGACAAGGGUUCGGGCGUCAUCUCGAAGGGCGAUGUGGAGCGGGCGAGGGGCCGGAAGCUGGUC